GAUCCGGACUACGACGAACUGGGACAUAACGAAAUUCGCUUCAUAACUUGCAGACAAUAUAGCGAUAAUGUCUGGUUUCACUUCUUUCUUACCCUUCAAAGGGCUCGGCUCGAUGGGUCCUCGAGAUCGUCCGACAGAUCCUGUGGCCCGCCUGCGUUCCAAUCUCGAAACUAUGCCAGGAUCUAGGAAGUAUGUGUUCCGACCUGAGACUCGGGCUGAGAUUCUCUCCGAACUUUACGAUGCAUUCUGGGGCCCUUAUGCCCACCUCUUCUUGCCCAAUUCGAACUCGAGCCUCCCGCUGCACAAGACACUUAGCGAAGUUCAGACACGUUCGAAUUUUCUGGGAGCAGGAGCAGAGGAUAUGCCAAUACCAGGGAAGCCCUGUGGUCAUAUUUUUAAGAAGGGGGAAUGCUGCUUUCGGUGCAAGGACUGUGCGCUCGAUGAUAGCUGUGUACUCUGCUCGCGAUGCUUCCAUGCCACGGACCACUUCGAUCACAACGUCAGCUUCUUCAUUGCACAACAAUCGGGAGGGUGUUGCGACUGUGGCGAUAUUGAAGCAUGGCGACAAGACAUCCAUUGCCCUUUCCACCCCUUCGCCGACGCCACCAAAGAAUCUCUUCAACCGCCAUCCACGUCUUCACACGAUUCUUCCUCAUCUCCAGCUCAGUCAUGGGGUCGAGAUCUACCGCCUGUGAAGAACUACCCUUACCGCGUCUCCGUACCCCCUGAACUACGCGAAAGCAUGAACAAGACAGUCGCAUAUGCCAUUGAUUUCAUGCUGGACACCCUCGACUACUCGCCAGAAGACAAUGUUGUCUCAUCGAGCGAAGCUGACUUACGACUUCAGCCAUCCGGCGACCCCAUGAUGAAAGAUCAUUAUUGUGUUGUAUUGUGGAAUGACGAGAAGCAUUGUUUCGAGGAGGUCAUACAGUUUCUCAUCGAGACGACGAGGAGGAGCAGGGAGGAUGCGUCUGUUAUGGCCGACCGGAUCGACGACCUGGGCCGCGAGGUCAUUGAGAUGGGCACCGAUGUUCCACGUCUUCUGGAGAUUGCGCACACAAUAGCCCAGAUUGAACUCGGUGUCACAGUCCGCCGAUCAUACGACACCUUUCGCGAGCAGGUCGUCGCAGUCAUCAUCGAGUGGCUUCUGGAUCUCACACGCAGCAGGCUCGGCACAGACGCGGUGAUCCUCCGGGAGAUCAUCGCAGAAGAGCUCCUCAUGCCUCGACGGCGCAAUAACGGGGUGGCAAAUGCUCCGCCAGACGUUUCUCGUAUUUACGCUGAGGUCAACCAACCAGCUCGCAUCGAGUGGCUUUUCCUAUACCACGCUAAAUUGUGGAAGAGGACGCGGUUGAGCUUAAAGGAGAUCUACGCCUCCAUACUCAAUCUCAGCCAACAGCAUAGGUUAGCUGUCGCCUCGCGGUUCUGCAACGUUUAUCCCCGAGUAAUCGACAUAUACCUUCUCGUCGACCGCGAAGCAGAGACGUCCAUCAAAUAUUUCGCGUUGCAAUUAUUCACAGUACCGUCUGCAGCUUUGCACGUAGUUCGCAACUUCGACAUAGUCUCUCGCCUCUUGGCGAUCAUCACUGCCUUCUUCACCAACCAGAUACAGGACAAACGCAUCACAUACCCUCCGAACCCAGCGGCGCACAUCGACGUCGAAAGCGAACCCUUCAAGUCCAAGCGCUUCAUGCCUGUCUUCAGCGAUCUCCGUUAUCUGUGCCACAACGAGCCUGUUCAGAAGCUCAUUGCUCACAAACACGACUUCAUCACCCGGUUUGCUGAAACGUGUCAGCUCUUCAUGUGCAUCAACCCAAAUAAACGAGCAGCAACCAGUCAUGUCGAAUUCGAGACCGACGGAUGGAUCAGCGUGUUCAAUGUGGCGCUUUCACUCUCCCGAGUGAUCAAGGUGUACGGCGAAGCCUUCGCACACGCCACACCUGCGGAACUUGUCUCCGCGAUCGAAACCGUCACGCACAAUAUCAUGAUGGUCUGUACGCUCGCAGAUAACAGGCUUGACAGGGACAAGUUCAAGCCACCCGUGUACCAUAAUGUCACUUUUGCUGGCACCUCUCACUACAUCAUACAAUUUGACGUACUGGAUGGAUGGGUCAGCUUCCACCAUUCACUUCAGUGGCUUCUUGCCGAACUGUUCAAGCACGUCGACAUCUUGAGCGAGCAUUCACUCCGUUCAGCCGGUUAUACAAGCCUCCGUGAUGUUAUCAUGCAGGCUCCUGGCGCCCAAGCUAUGCAAACCAUCAUCGACUAUCCUCUCAGAGUUCUUGCCAUGAUUGCACAGAUACGCACCGGCCUGUGGGUGCGCAAUGGCUUCGCUAUCCGCGGACAACUUCUACACUACCGCGACUUCAUGCUUCGAGAACUAUGCUAUGAUCAGGACCUAUACAUCGUCCAAUGCGCUCUGGUCAUCCUCGAUCCAAGCCUUGUCCUCGUUUCUAUCCUCGACCGCUUCCAACUUCUCGGGUUCUUCUCAGGCGCCAUGAUGCAUUCAGUCUAUGAAGGGGUUCAGCUGUAUAGCAUGGUAGAGGAGUUUUUAUACGUUUUAAUCUGCAUUCUCGGCGAGACCGGCAACGCUCGCAAAACAUCACUGCCAGAGGCCGUCCGGAGAGAGAUUAUUCAUGCCCUUGCGGUCGGACCUUGUACCUUCACGGACCUCAUCAAGCGCGUUGCCGAACGUCUGGUGGACGACACUUGCUUCGAACGUGUCUUGAAGGAAGUGGCGAACUUCCGGGCCCCGGAGUCCAUGGCGGAUUCAGGCAUGUACGAGCUCAAGGCCGAGUGCUACGACGAGGUCAACCCAUUCUUCUACCACUAUACUCGGAACAAGCGGGAGGAGGUGGAGACAGUCCUGCAUAGCCAUUACAAGAAGAAUGGGGUUUCGGACCCUGUCAUUGUUCCCAAGCCUUUGGGCAUCACCGACGGUCCUUUCACGGCUCUCGCCGCUGCGUUCGAAACCGAUGUCCUCUUGCAGAUCAUGUUCUACUCCAUCUACAACGUCUUGCUCCACACAAAAACCAGCGGCCAAUGUCCUCCGUCGGGCGAGGCCAUCCUUGACCAAGCCUUGUAUAUUGUAAUGCUCGCCAUCGUAGAGCGCCCUGCCGUCUUUGAUCAGCUCGCGGCAUUCAAGACGUUCGAGGAGGGCAAAGGUCUCAUCGACAUCAUCUGUGCCCUCGAACAUCACGAAUCCUUCCGCGUAUAUAAGGCUCGUUGUUCGUGGAUCCUCGACGAACUGGCGAAGGGUGUCCCCGAUGAAGUCUUAACCCGGCGGAGAGUCGAUGAGCCUACAGAGACAAACCCUCCGGAAGAUGCAAAGAAGCGAGCCGCCAAAGCUCGCCAGGAGGCGAUCAUGCGGCAGAUGAAGGCUCAACAAGCCAGCUUUGCUAUCAACUUCGGGGAUGAGGACGAGGGCGAGGGAGAAGAUGAAAAUCAGGAGGCCACCCAGUCAUUCGGCACUUGCAUCGUCUGCCAAGACGAGCUGACUGCGUCCAGUCAGUUCGGCGCUCUAGGCCUCAUUCAACCCAGCAAGCUCGUUCGCCGACAAUCGGAGAACAAUGGCAACUCUAUGAACGACGUUAUGACAUCCUCGUAUUCCAUGGACCGCACGCAGCCGAUGCACACAUGGUCCUUCCCACCCACGAGAGAGGAUAUUGGCGAUGUCAAGACAUCUCCCAUCACCUUUGACGUCGGUUCAGCUCAAAAUCCCCGGUUCGGUCUACAUGCCUCGAUAUGUAGUCACCUCAUGCACCUGGACUGCUUCAAUACGUAUACACAAUCCAUCCGACAGCGGCAUCGCACACAAGCCACACGAAAUCAUCCGGAGAGCAUCCCUCGCAAGGAAUACAUCUGCCCACUUUGCAAGUCCCUGGGAAACGUCGUCCUCCCUGUCUCACGUCCUGCCACCAUUGAGCUCAAUUCUCAGCCCUUCGCCGACUGGAUCCGAGCCGCAGGAAUCAGCAUUCUCAAAUCCAAAUCGGACCCACUCCUUGACUCGUUACUUGUACGAACUGGCACCGGCGAACUAGUGUUCUGGGGUGCUCAAGACACCGGCUACGUAUCGUUCUUUAGAGCAACCGACAGGUGGGCAGAAUGGGACAUGCAUAAGAUGGUAGACACGGUCGUGAACAUUGCCAGGGCUAUAUCACAGCAGACUCGGCACCUUCGUGACCGGCCUGAACCGGACGCAGGGGAGCGCGGAGCAGGCCUAUAUCUUCCUGAGGACAUGGUCGGCUACACCAUCGCUUGCAUCGAAAUCGCUCAGCGAGGAGUAGGAGCACCGGGCAGCACAGUCGCUGACAAUCUGACCGACUCGCAGACAAAGAUGAUCGGAGGACUUCUAACGUGCUUGAGCAGGAUGGCCGCUGCACCAUUCAUGUCGCGAGCGGAUGGUGGCCGUGAAGCGCUCCGUCAGGCGAUCAUCAAACGCCUGCUCCCUGAAUGGAGCCUUUCGACGCUGAAUCCCGUUUCAUAUCCAUUGCUGCUUCGCGAUCCAUUCAGUAUCAUCGUGGAGACCGCGGCCAUCGCUCCUGAGAUGCUGCCACACGUUCUUACGUUGACAUACUACGCUACCCUCGCCAGGACAGUGAUUGGUCUCGUCUAUCUUCUCAACAAGACGAGGGGAUGGCCGGUUCAGACUGUCGGUCAGCGUGCGUAUGAGAACUUAUUUGGAGACGUCCGUAUGUUCUUUGCGUCCGUCGUACGCCACUCUCCGGUUGUGGAACACGCUUCCGACAUCGUGUUUACGACCUAUGGCGAGGCCAGGAUUGAGAAGCUCAUGUACUCGUUCACCCUUCCUUUCCUUCGACGUGCAGCCAUUCUGUGCCGAGCCGUUCAUCCCUCCGGUUUUCCAACCCCUUCGUUCGACGGCGAUGAACCAUGCGAAUAUUCCCGGCUCCUCACCAUGCUCCGCAUCCCACCUCUUGCCGACCUCCCAAACCAGGAAACUCUUCAGACCGCUCUCGGUGGCUGGUGCUCACACUAUGGCCAUUCCCAUGCUGCGUCACAACUGAACUGUGGCAUCGCUCUCGAGAAUCCCACCAUUUAUCGGAUCGCACGCCUACCGAUCGUGCUGGAUGCGUUGUUCGGGGAGCAGGAUAAGGCGUUGACUUGUCAGAGGUGUAAGACUGCGCCUCUGGAUGCAGCGAUCUGUCUCAUUUGCGGACAGAUCGUGUGCUUCCAGAGCCAUUGCUGUGUGGACAAGGAGCAUGGCGACAAGGGAGAAUGCAACAUGCAUACGCGAGAGUGUGGAGGAACCAUUGGAAUGUUUUUCCUCGUCAAGCGUUGCGCAUUGCUAUAUCUGCAUGCCAACAGUGGGACAUACGCUUUGUCGCCUUACCUUGACAUCCACGGAGAGGUUGAUACGUCGAUGCGGCGAGGGCGACGUCAAUUCUUACAUCCAGCCCGCUGGGAGGAAGUUAGAAAGACAUGGCUUAGUCACGGUAUCCCGACGCUCGUCGCGCGCAAGCUAGAGGGAACAGUUGACAGCGGUGGAUGGGAGUCUCUCUGAGGUAUGAAAUAUGACUGAUGUUAGAUGUUUGGGUUCCCGCCAUUUUUACGUACUUCACGAAUGUAUCAUUUCAUUGUUGUUCUUGCGCUAUCGCUUUGUAUUCGCUCGUUGCCUUUUUUGUCCAAUGUUUUUGUUGUAUAACCAGAUCGGCGUCUCCAAUGGAUAUAUCAGAUUGUUUCCU